GGAUGAAACCCUGACAAAGGAGGAACUGCUGCACUCUUUCUGUGACAUUCAGGAGAAGGUCAUGUUCCACUUCAGUCUGACAUAGAGGAAUGAGUCACUUGACCGGCGCGAAGGGAAACGAUUAGAUCAUGUCGGAGUUCUGGCUUAUUUCUGCUCCAGGAGACAAAACAAAUCUGCAGGCUUGGGAGAGGAUGAACACAGUGACAUCUAAAUCCAACCUGUCCAGCAACAGCAAAUUCCGUAUUCCAGACUUAAAGGUUGGGACACUGGAUGCUCUUGUUGGACUCUCAGAUGAGUUGGGAAAACUUGAUAGCUUUGCUGAAAGCGUAAUAAAGAAAAUAGCCCAGUAUAUAGGAGAAGUUAUGGAGGACUCAAAAGAUAAAGUCCAUGAAAAUCUUCUGGCCAAUGGAGUUGACCUAAUUAGCUAUCUGACCCGGUUUGAGUGGGACAUGGCCAAAUAUCCCAUAAAGCAGCCACUGAAAAAUAUAUCAGAAGCAUUAGCAAAGCAAAUCACUCAGAUAGAAGCAGACCUGAAGACCCGAGCAGCUGCAUACAACAACAUUAAAGGAAAUUUGCAAAGCCUGGAAAAAAAAACUAUGGGAAAUCUGCUGACCCGGACUCUAGCAGACAUUGUGCAUAAAGAAGACUUUGUUCUGAAUUCUGAGUAUCUUAUCACGCUCCUAGUCGUAGUGCCAAAGUCAAGCUAUGUGCAGUGGCAGAAGACCUAUGAGUCCCUCUCUGAUAUGGUAGUGCCUCGCUCCACAAAAAUGAUUGCUGAAGAUGCAGAGGGAGGACUCUUCACAGUCACCCUGUUCAGGAAGGUGAUGGAUGACUUCAAGGCUAAAGCCAGAGAGAACAGGUUCAUGGUUCGAGAAUUUUAUUUUGAUGAGAAAGAACUGCGAUGUGAGAAAGAAGAGCUGAUGAAAUUAGCUUCCGAUAAGAAGCAGCAGUACGGCCCAUUACUGCGCUGGCUCAAAGUGAACUUCAGUGAAGUAUUCGUGGCUUGGAUCCACGUGAAGGCCUUGAGAGUCUUCGUUGAGUCUGUGCUGAGGUACGGCCUCCCAGUAAAUUUCCAGGCGAUGCUGCUGCAGCCCAACAGGAAGUCUGUGAAACGCCUGAGGGAUAUCCUGAACGUGGUCUUCAAACACCUGGAUGAAGUAGCAGCAGCCAGUAUCAUGGAUCCUGGCAUGGACAUCCCUGGUUUACAGCUGAGCAGCCAGGAGUACUACCCGUACGUCUACUUCAAGAUCGACCUCAGCCUCCUUGACUGCAGCUAG